UUCAUCUAUCUACCUGGCUCUGCACUCCUACAAUGUGUAUUAUACAUUGCAUUAAAAAUCGCAUUUUUGGAUAGAUGUGUGUAAAAACUGUAAAAAAUUGUAAAUAAAUGUAUUCAAAGUGAAGUACAAUGGACGUAGACGAUUCAGCGGUGGACCUCAGCGUCAGAUCCUUGCCACCAGAACUGAGUGAGCUAAGAGCCUUAACAGCCAGUGGCCUGACUAUAACACCAGCCCAGCCACCUCCUCAUGGCGCAAGUGGUAAGAGAGUAUUGCGGCCACGAUCGGAGCAACGCAGUUAUGCCGAGAGUCCAGAUAUUGUCCUACUGCCUGCAGCACCACCGCAUCGCAAACCAUCACUGUCUGCUCCCGCACCAUUUACUGAUGUGAGUAGCAAGCUAAACACAACUGGUGUGAAUGUGUCCAUCACUGCGAGUGCGGUGCCCACACUUCCUCCGGAAUCUCCGCGCGAUCCUCAGGAUGAAGAAGACUCGGACGAUGAGAAUGAACCACCGUUGCCUAUUGUUGGACAUAGAGAGCUCUCGAGCGCGGAGAUAUGGGAGCGUGAGCGACGUUUACGAGCUCUGAGAGAAAAACUACGCGCUGAAGAGACGCGCCUCGUACUGCUGAGGAAGCUGCGCCAGUCGCAGAACGCGGCGCUGCUGCCGCCCGCCAAGGCUAGUGGAGCGUGCGCGGCGGGCGCGGCUCUAGCGGGCAGCGGCUGCGUGGUGCCGCCCGGGGUCACGGUCACCCCCGCGCCGCCGCCCGCGCACCAGCACAGCAAGGUGCGACCUGCAUCGCGCCGCACCACGUCCGCACUGCCCGGCGGCGCCACGCUCACACCCGGGCCCUACCGCUCGCAGGUAACUGUCGCCAGUAUCACUCCAUCGGUCACCAUCACUCCCGCUCCCCCGCCGGCCACACACUCCACACCUAAGACCAGUUCCCGAAGUUCUGAGGAAACGCAGACGCCGGCGCAGCGUCAGGCCGCAGCUAAACUUGCUCUGAGAAAACAGCUUGAGAAGACUCUGUUGCAGAUCCCGCCUCCAAAACCGCCGCCGCCUGAGAUGAACUUCAUCCCGUCUCCUAGCAACACGGACUUCGUGUAUCUCGUGGGGUUGGAACACGUUGUUGACUACCUCACUAAUGAAGAUCGCAUGCCGCGCUCCAGCGUGCCGGCCGUGUGCGCGCAGUGCGGCAGCGACUUCACGGCGGUGUGGCGCUGGGAGCGCGCGCCGGCGCGCCGCGCGGACGCCACCUUCGCGCCGCUGCCCGCCGCGCCGCACGCGCGCCGCCUGUGCGAGCUGUGCGUGUCCGGCAACGUGAAGCGCGCGCUCAAGGCCGAGCACACGGCGCGCCUCAAGACCGCCUUCGUGCGCGCGCUGCAGCAGGAGCAGGAAAUUGAGCGUCGCCUAGCGGCGCCAUCCCCCCCGCCCGCUCCGGCGCCCGCCCCGCCGCCCGCCCACGCGCACCACCACCACCGCGCGCCGCCGCCCGCGCGCCCCCGCCACACGACGCCCGCCCCCGCGCCGCCGCCCGCGAAGCCGCCCCCGCCACCCGCGCGCCACACGAGAGACGCGCCCGACCCACCCCCCAAGAAAGCAUCAUCUUCAAGCACCAGUAGUCAAGGAAGUAGCAGCAAGCAACAUCAGCAACUUGCUGCAGCGGCCGCAGCGCAAAUGGCGUUCGAGCAGCAGAGCGCCGCCGCCAUGCAGGCUCUGCAACACCAGUUGCUUCGAGGUCUGAGUGGAGCUGGCGGCGGCGCUGGCGUGUCGCCCGCCGCGGCGGCGGCCGCCAUGAUGCAGUUCUCUCCGCUGCUCUACACCUACCAGCUGGCCAUGGCGCAGGCCAGCGCGCUGGGCAAGCGCUCCGGCAAGGCGGGCGGCGGCGCGGCCAUGGCGGCCGAGAUGCAGCGCGUGGCGGAGGCGCAGCGCCAGUACCUGCUGGACAUGAUCCCCGGCCAGCACGCGCGCAACCCCUGGCCCAAGAACUGAGCGCGCGCCGCGCGCCGGUCGGUUAGGAGUUUUAACGAAGAAAAAAAAACUUAGAAUAAGAAGAGCAUUUUUAAUAUUUACUUUACAGUAUGCUAGGAGUAAUGAGUACGAAGGAUAGUUGUAACGUAUUCUUAAUGUUUUACGAUCAGAUACUUGGGGUUUGGUUUUAAGCGAGCUAGAUGUAUGAAAUAAUUUUUUGACGUUAAUUAAUUAAAGCACAAGAAAUACGUAAUUUUAGCAGAUCUUAAUAUAAGAUUAAUUGUAAUUUGUAGUGUAAAAGAUCAAUUUCGUUUUAUAUCUGAAUUUUUAAGUACUUCAAUAAAUAUUGUACGUAUCAA